AGCAGACUGAUGCUUGGGCACAGCACUUUGAAAGCUUUCCUGUCCUGCGUCAGGAUGUCAAUGUGUGGGGAAGACUGCAGCUAACAUUGGCUCUUGUUGGGACUGCCACAACCUCUAAAGCUCUUGCAUCUAGAAGAUUCCGUGAGGACGUCCCUUUACUGGUUCAGCAUUUUUAUUUUUGCUCCUCUGCAGUCUUUGUAUUUUUCUUUUUUUUCCAACAGAUUUCUGCACCUGUAACUGUAAAGAAAUGGGUAGCCAGCAAACGCCUGAUGUGUACACUGUGGAGAUUAAUGAUACAAAGGAUGCAGACCUACCAGAAAAGGUGAUUGGAGAAGACAAUCACAAGACCUUAAAGAACAAAAAGAAGAAGAAGAAGGGAAAAAAAGUUGAUGAUCUUAAACAAGAAUUGGAUCUGGAUGAUCAUAAACUUUCUAUUGAAGAUCUGGAAACAAAAUAUGAAACAAGUCUUCUCAAAGGUCUCGCUAAUGCAAAAGCUGCAGAGGUUCUGGCUCGCGAUGGUCCCAACGCACUCACUCCUCCCAAGGGAACUCCCGAAAUCGUCAAGUUUAUGAGACAGAUGGUCGGAGGUUUCUCUCUUCUACUAUGGGCGGGGGCAAUUCUCUGCUGGAUCGCUUAUGCCGUUCAGGUCGCUCAAGAUCCUACGGCACUCAAAGACAAUCUGUACCUGGGCAUUGUGUUGGCCGUGGUCGUUAUCCUCACCGGCUGUUUUGCUUACUACCAAGAAUCUAAAAGUACCAACAUCAUGGCCAGUUUCAAUAAGAUGAUCCCACAGCAAGCUUUAGUCACCCGAGAAGGAGAAAAAAUUGAGGUCGCAGCCACCGAUCUUGUAGUGGGAGAUAUAGUGGAGAUCAAAGGAGGAGAUCGAAUACCAGCGGACCUUAGGAUUACCUUUGCCCAGGGCUGCAAGGUGGACAAUUCCUCUUUGACAGGAGAGUCAGAAGCCCAGGGUCGAUCUGCUGAAUACACACAUGAAAAUCCUUUAGAGACUAAGAACAUCGCCUUCUACUCCACCACCUGCCUGGAAGGUACAGCAAAAGGGAUGGUAAUAAAUACUGGAGAUCGUACAAUUAUUGGCCGGAUUGCUUCAUUGGCAUCAGGAGUGGGAAAUGAGAAAACCCCCAUUGCUGUGGAGAUUGAACACUUUGUUCACAUUGUGGCAGGAUUUGCCGUGUCUAUUGGUGUUAUAUUCUUUAUCAUUGCAAUGUCUAUGGGAUACUCUAUUCUGAACUCCAUCAUCUUUCUUACUGGGAUCAUUGUUGCCAAUGUGCCUGAAGGUCUCCUGGCCACUGUGACCGUAACGCUCUCUCUGACUGCAAAGCGCAUGGCCAAGAAGAAUUGUCUGGUGAAGAAUCUGGAAGCUGUGGAGACUCUGGGCUCCACUUCCAUCAUCUGCUCAGAUAAAACUGGAACCCUGACCCAGAACAGAAUGACUGUAGCUCACCUCUGGUUUGAUAACCACAUCCAUUCAGCUGACACGAGUGAAACCCAAUCACAUCAUUCAUUUGAACAGACAUCCGAAACCUGGAAAGCACUGUGUACGAUCGUCAGUCUAUGUAACCGGGCUGAGUUCAGGGGUGGACAAGAAGAUGUGCCCGUUAUGAAGAAAAUUGUGGUGGGAGAUGCUUCAGAAACAGCCCUGCUGAAAUUCUCUGAGAUCAUAACAGGGAAUGUGAUGAAGAUUCGAAAUGAUAACAGGAAGGUGACCGAGAUUCCUUUCAAUUCCACCAACAAGUUUCAGCUUUCUGUACACGAGACGGACGAUCCCAAUGAUAAGAGGUUGCUGCUGGUCAUGAAAGGUGCUCCAGAAAGAAUCUUAGAUCGAUGUUCCACAAUUAUGAUGGGUGGUAAGGAGGUCCCAUUGGAUGAAACCAUGAAAGAUUCCUUCCAGACAGCUUACAUGGAGCUCGGAGGCCUUGGAGAGAGAGUCCUGGGUUUCUGCCAUUUUUAUCUCCCAGAAGAUAAAUAUACCCCAUCCUAUGAAUUUGACACCGAGUCCAUGAACUUUCAGACCACGGAUCUCUGCUUUGUUGGACUUCUCUCUAUGAUUGAUCCACCUCGUUCCACAGUGCCGGAUGCCGUUUCCAAGUGCCGGAGUGCUGGGAUCAAGGUUAUAAUGGUAACAGGUGACCACCCGAUCACAGCAAAAGCUAUAGCUAAAAGUGUUGGUAUCAUCUCAGCUGGAAAUGAAACUGUGGAUGAUAUUGCCACUCGACUUAACAUUGCUAUUGACGAGGUUAACCCACGUGAUGCAAAAGCAGCCGUGGUGAAUGGCGCAGAUCUGAAAGACAUGGAUGACGAAGACCUGGAUGAAAUCCUGAUUCAUCACUCGGAGAUCGUGUUUGCUCGGACAUCGCCUCAGCAGAAGCUCAUUAUAGUGGAAGGAUGUCAGAGGCAGAACUGUGUGGUUGCUGUGACUGGUGAUGGUGUGAAUGAUUCUCCAGCUCUGAAGAAGGCAGAUAUUGGCAUUGCUAUGGGAAUUGCUGGCUCGGAUGCUGCCAAAAAUGCUGCAGACAUGAUCUUAUUGGAUGAUAAUUUUGCCUCCAUUGUUACUGGUGUGGAAGAAGGCCGUAUAAUCUUUGACAACAUUAAAAAGUCUAUUGGUUACACCUUGACCAAGAAUAUCGCUGAGCUGUGCCCAUUCCUGAUAUACAUUGUUGCCAAUGUUCCGCUGCCGAUCGGCACCAUCACCAUCCUGUUCAUUGACCUGGGGACAGACAUUAUUCCAUCCAUUUCAUUUGCCUAUGAGAAAGCAGAGAGGGACAUUAUGAACAGAAUGCCGCGUAGGAAGAAUAUUGACAGACUGGUGAAUAAGGAGCUGGCUCUAUACGCCUAUAUACAGAUUGGGAUCAUCCAGUCUGUUGCAGGAUUUCUGACUUACUUCACCGUCUUCGCUGAGCAGGGCUUUCUGCCCUACACACUUAUUGGUAUACGUGUUAGGUGGGAAGAUCCAACUAAUCAGGAAGUACUUGACAGCUAUGGACAAGAAUGGACCUUCUUCCAGCGCCAAUACAUGGAGUGGACAGGAUAUACAGCUUUCUUUGUGACCGUUGUUGUAGUGCAGAUGUCGGAUCUUAUCAUCAGAAAGACCCGAAGAAACUCGCUCUUCCAGCAGGGCUUCUUUGGCAACAAAUUUCUUCUGUUGGGCCUGCUUUCACAACUCGCCAUAGCAUUGUUCCUGUCCUACUGUCCUGGGAUGGCAUAUGGCCUAAAAUUUGUCCCUCUAAGAGUGCAGUACUGGUUUGUGGCCACGCCAUUCUUCUUCCUGAUCUUUUUCUAUGAUGAAAUCCGCAAAUUGCUGAUCAGACGCCAUCCCGGCAGCUGGUGGGACGUAAAUAUGUAUUAUUAAAAGGUUCGUUGGACCGUGUUGUACCUAAGCAAUAUUUUCAAUGCUAUUAUAUAUAUAUAUUAUCCUGUUUGUUGAACAAAUUGGGUGAAUAAAAACUGUAAAUGCACUGUAUAGAAAAAAAAAACUAAUGUAAAAAGAAACUAGGACGAAUAUUUUUUAGUUCGUCUCAAAAUACUGAAAAUGUAUAUAUUUUGUAUACAGCUACCUUUCUAAAUACAAUGCAAAAUAAAGUGUUUUUAAUUAAUAAA